AUGGCGGAGCAACGGACCACACCUUCCCUGGUGGGAGCGGAGGAGACCCAGGUGGAGAUUGGAAGUGUUAGGUUUGUACCUCAGAGGAGGAGGUUUGUAGAUGGGGAGGAGUCGCGUAGGAAGAGGAGGAGAGUGAGUGGAGAGUGGCGAGGUGAGGCGGGGUUAGGUGAGGGAGAGGAGGUGAUAGUGGUGAGUGAUGAUGAGGAAGAGGUGGGUGAGGGAGAGGAGGUGAUAGUGGUGAGCGAUGAUGAGGAAGAGGUGGGUGAGGGAGACGAGGUGAUAGUGGUGAGUGAUGAUGAGGAGGUUGGUGAAGGGGAAGAGGUGGUAGUGGUGAGUGACGGAGAGGAGGUGAGCGAGGCAGAGAAGGUGGUAAGUAAGACGGAGAAGGUGUUUAAGGUAGGGGGAAAGGAGGUGGUGGUGACGAUAGAGAUGGGUAAGUUUGCGGAGGGGGAGGAGGUGAAGGUAGAUAAGGGAGAGGUGGUAGUGGACGUAGAGCUUGUUAAAGGAGAGGGAAAGGUGGUGUUAGAUCUUGAGGUAGAAGUGGAGAAGGGGACAGCAGCGGGACGGAGGCCGGAGGUGGAGGUGUUGGAGGUUGAGGUGCUUAAGGGAGAGGAGGUGAAGGUGGAGAUGCUUUAG